AGUACGGGAGGACAUGCAAGGACAUAGGUUGCAUGAGGGAUGAGGUCUGCGUGAUGGCCGAGGAUCCUUGCUCGAUCUAUCAACGAGAUAACUGCGGCCGUUAUCCGACUUGUAUGAAAUCCCGUCCAGGCGAAGCUAAUUGUGCUAGCACUCUGUGCGGUGAAAAUGAAUACUGUAAAACCGAGAAUGGUGUCCCGACAUGUGUGAAGAAAUCAGCAGUAAAUGGUGAGUGUUUAAAUUCCUCUGUCUUUUAUUCGUAUUGAUUAUGCUUGCACGCUGUAUGAUUAAUACUGAAGAUCUAAGUGCAUGAAGCAGAGAGCAGAAUAUAUGAAAAUGAAUACAAUUGAGAGAGGAAUACAAUGUCGUUUUAAAUUCUCAUAUAUGAUUCGAAUUAUUAAUGUAAUGUUUUAUCUAAAAUUUUAUUAAAUAGUUUAGAAAAUAUGUAUCCUUAUGUUUUUUUUUUUGCAUGAUCUAAUUAAAAGGAAUAUUAAAAUAUUUUUAAUAUUUUAAAGUUGAGUAGAUGAGAAAUAGACAGGUUCUAUAAUUUUUAAAAAUUAAAAAUUAAAAUUAAAAAAUUAUCAAGUUUUUUUUCUUAAUAUAUUCAUGGGAUAUUGUAUAAGCCACAAAAUUAAUUAAUUCAAUUAAGAAUAACCAUUUUUUUCUCAUGUUGAAGUUAAAAAUUUUUAACAAUUUAAUCAAUUUGAUUCUUGAGUGACCGAUAUAUUAAAAAUUUGAAAUUUAUUUCAAAAUUAGAAAAAACUUAUUUAGCAUUUGUUUAUGGAAUUCUGAACUAUUGUAAUCCUUUCUCAAUUUUACCAAGAACAAAACUUUAUGCCUAGCUUUAUGCUUUCUUGUCCUAUAUUGUAUGAUUUUACGUUUCUAUAAAAUUAUUUUUGCAAUGGAAUUAUACAUACCUUUUUAUUACAAUUUCUAAUUUAUCGUUAUUUAUUUAUUUUCGAAUAAUAUACUAAAUAACUGUUUGGCAGUUUCAUUUCAAUUUCUCACUUUGAUUUCAUACGUGCAGAGGUGAUUUACGCGGAAAUAACACGUUCUUUAUUGAUGUAAUCUAUGAAAUCGUUUCGAGUGGAAAUUACAAUGACACGUCGACACGUGUACGCUUCAUUAAAACUUCCGGUGUACUUGGACUUGAACACGUUUUAUAUGAAUCCCGAUUUAUUUUUUCAUUUAUCUGAUCGUAUAAAUCUGAUUUGGUUAAUAAAAACGGAUAUUUUUAAGAAUUUGCUAAAAAUACUUCACACUUAGAUAGGAUGUAUUGAAUUAAAAUUUUAAUAAAAUAUAUUUUUCAUAUUUAUCAUUGAAUUGAUGUGAUCACAAAUCUUUUGCAACAGAUUUAUCUUUUCAUUUUAUUUAAUUAUAAAAUUUUUCUUAGGAUAUUUUAUAUCAUCGUAUAUUAAAUUUUUAUAUAUAUUUUUGAUAAAUCGAAUUGACGUGUAAUAUAAAUUCUUUUUGCAACUGCAAAUAAGAUUUCCAAGUAAAAAUCUCAUAAUUUCGAAAUAUAUUAAUGAAUGUAAAGCGAUGUGUAACGUGAGGUUGCAAACCCCAAGAACCUGUAUCUUGAAUUUUUUUCCUCUUCUCCGCUUUUUCGAACACGAUCUUUCCAUUAUCGUCUCUUUCUACACAAAUGUGUGGAUGCGCGUAUAUAUUCACACGAGGUUAUAAGAUUUCGAAAGAAAUUGCUCUCCAACUUAGAUAUAAAUUACUCGGAUAUAAAAUUUUAGCCUUGUCGAUAAGGGAGAAAAAAAUUUAUUGAUCUAGUUACAAAUAAAAUUUACUAGAAAUGUAUGCUUCAUAUCGUUACGUUAAAAUUCUCUCAUUUUAAAAAAUCGUAUAUCACAAACUAAUAUCUUAAAUUAAUUUUACAAUUAUGUUUACCACAAAUAUCAAUAAACAUUGAUUAUAAAUAUUGAUUAAAUAAAAAAUAUUAUAUUAUAUCGUUACUUUUUCCUUGAUAUUUUCGUCCUAGGAUAACUACAUAGCAUGCAGCAUAGAUGUUCACUUUUAACGCUUUCCAAUUAUUUUCGCAUAUCUAACACAGGAUGAAAAUAACGUAGCACAGUUUUUAGAAUCCUCGUAGCACCUUUGUUCGACUAACUUCAUUAAAACCAGUUACUGUAAAA